AAAAAUAUUCAUUAAAAAAUGGGCUUUGGAUUUAUCAAAUACUAUCAAACAAAAAAAUUGUGUUUUUCAACCUUCGAUUUAGAAUUCAGUUUGUUGGUGUGAUCUUUAGGAAGAGCAAACAUGUGGAUUUUUGGGAGAAAAGGGGCAUCUGGGUUUUCGGCUUCUUCAACAGCUGAAGAUGUCACUGAAGGUAUCAAUGGAACUGGUCUGACUGCUAUUAUUACAGGUGCUACAAGUGGAAUCGGCAUGGAGACAACACGAGUCCUCGCCUUACAUGAGGUACAUGUAAUUAUGGCAGUAAGAAAUACCGAAAGUGGUAGAAGCAUUAAAGAAAAUAUACUUAAAAAAAUUCCUAAUGCUAAAGUUGAUGUAAUGGAGUUAGAUCUUAGCUCUUUGGCAUCUGUAAGGAAUUUUGCAGCUGAAUUCAUUUCCUCGGGUCUUCCCUUGAAUCUUCUCAUUAACAACGCAGGGGUUAUGGCACCACCAUUCAUGCUUUCAAAAGACAAGAUCGAGCUACAAUUUGCAACUAAUCAUUUAGGUCAUUUCCUUUUGACACAACUUUUACUCGAGACAAUGAAACGCACUUCACAUGAACAAAAAAAAGAAGGUAGAAUAGUCAAUGUAUCAUCAGAAGCUCAUCGAUUUGCAUACAAAGGCAUAUACUUUGAUAAUCUCAACGAUGAAUCAAGUUAUAGCCCCAUAUAUGCAUAUGGACAAUCAAAACUAGCCAACAUCUUGCAUGCUAAAGAGCUAACAAGACACUUCAAGGAAAAUGGAGUGAAUUUAACUGCAAAUGCUCUUCAUCCCGGAUCUAUUGCAACGAAUCUUCUACGUUACCACAACAUUGUAGAUGGCAUGGUUGAUUGGGUUGGCAAAUACUUUCUCAAAAACAUCCCACAGGGGGCAGCAACCACGUGCUAUGUAGCAUUGCAUCCACAAGUGAAAGGGGUGAGUGGUGAAUAUUUCAUGGAUAGUAACAUAGCCCAGCCCAAUUCGUAUGGUAAAGAUGAAAAAUUGGGUAAAGAGUUGUGGGAUAUCAGUUUGACCAUGGUGGCUCCAUAGAAGACUUUAAUCAAGACUGUAAAUUUUUGUUAAAUCUAUGUUGGAACUUGGAAAGGAUAUUUGAAAGGGGAAUUCGACUGAUAUUCAUAAUGUAUGUCUUAACACGUAAAUUUUGUCUGAUCUUAGUGUGUGUUGUAGGAAGGAUUGCUAAUAGUUUUUACACUUCAAAUUAGAAUGGGUAAUUUUGGCUGA